GCACCGGACGCAACAGUGGAGAAACGGAAGCACAUGUCGUACGAAUCUGACGUCGUCAGACGUGAAUCUGAUUAAAUUGGGCAAUCACGUCAGUGGUUACUUGUAAUUAUGGCAUCUGCUAAGAAGAGGCCUGGUUCUAAGUCGCCACAGAUACCUAAGGCUAACCACUCUCCUACAAAGAAACAUCGACCCAAUCCGGAAACACCAGCAGACAUACUUAAACAGCGAGAGAGCUUGGCCAUAUUUUCUGUCAAGGAGAAGCUGCUGGCAAAGAUCCAUGCGCAUAACUCGUGCAUUAUAAUUGGUGAGACUGCCAGCGGAAAGACGACUCAGCUUCCUCAGUUUCUUCAUGAAGGUGGCUUCAGCAGACAAGGCACCAUUGUGGUCACACAACCAAGACGGGUAGCAGCUGUAUCAGUAGCAACACGAGUGGCUCAGGAAGUAGGAACAGAACUUGGGCAGCUAGUAGGAUACACAGUACGAUUUCAAGAUGUCACCAGUCCAGCAACAAAGAUAAAGUACAUGACUGAUGGCAUGCUACUGAGAGAGGCCUUGGGGGAUCACCUUUUAAAAAGGUACUCUGUUAUUGUGCUGGACGAGGCACAUGAAAGAACGAUCCACACUGACGUGUUGUUUGGAGUGGUGAAGAAAGCUCAGAGAGUGAGAUUGAAACGACAGCUCCCCCCGCUCAAGGUCAUCGUGAUGUCAGCAACAAUGAACGUAGACAAGUUCUCAAACUAUUUUAACAAAGCUCCUGUUCUUUACUUAGAGGGAAGGCAAUACCAUGUGGAGGUCUUGCAUUCGAUGGAACCCCAGACUGACUACCUUUUCGCUGCCCUCGUUACUGUUUUUCAAAUCCACAAGAGAGAGCCACCAAAGAGUGACAUUCUUGUUUUCCUAACUGGCCAAGAGGAAAUUGAAGCAAUGGUUCACACCAUUAAUGACAUUGCGAAAGGGAUGCCUGCUACUUGUCCGAGGCUGAUAGUGCAUCCUCUGUAUGCUUCACUUCCUUCCCAGCAGCAACUUCGGGUAUUCCAGCCAACUCCAGAUGGUUGUAGGAAGGUGAUCGUGUCAACCAACAUCGCAGAAACGUCCAUUACCAUCCGUGGUGUGAAGUUCGUAGUGGACACAGGCAUGGUAAAGGCAAAGACCUUCUCGGCAAUUAGUGGGCUGGACCUUCUCAAGGUGCAACGCAUCUCCAAGGCGCAGGCGUGGCAACGGACAGGGCGUGCUGGCCGUCAGUCUGCCGGUAGCACUGUGCACUAUAGCCUAAUUAGAAUCAGCUAUCGGUUGUACACCCAGCAAGAGUAUAGGAACUUUCUUGAUGACACCAUUCCUGAGAUACAACGCUGCAAUCUGGCAAGCAUAGUUCUUCAGCUAUUGGCGCUAGGAGUGAAAAAUCCUGCUAGUUUUGACUUCAUGGAUAAGCCUUCUGGAGAGUCAAUGAAAUGUGCAUUCACAGAAUUGCAAUUGCUGCAGGCUGUGGAAGGAGCAGGAGAGGCAGUAUGCUUGACUGAUUUAGGCAGACAAAUGGCAUCUUUUCCACUUGAUCCAAAGUUGGCAAAAGUCAUUAUGGCGUCGAAAGACCUAGGUUGUGCAGAGGAGAUACUGAGUGUGGUCGCAUUGUUGUCAGUCGACUCCAUUCUCUUCACCCCUCAACAAAAAAUAGAGGAUGCUCAGGCUAUCAGGAGGAAGUUUGUAUCCAGCGAAGGAGAUCACAUAACAUAUCUGAAUAUCUUCAGGGCAUUUAGGGGACUCCCGGAACAUGACAAACACAAGUGGUGUUAUGAAAACUACGUGCACUACAGGAAUCUAAACACUGCGUGCAACAUUCGUCAGCAGCUCAGGGACCUCUGUCUACGUGCUAACAUUCCUCUCAAGUCUUGUGGACAAGACAUGACCAGCGUGCGCAAGUGUCUCACAAAAGGUUUGUUCCUGAAUGCAGCAGAACUACAGCGAGAGGGCACCUACAUUACACUGGGACCAGUGAAGCACAAGGCAACCUUUCACCCAUCAUCAUCCCUGUUUGGUUGCAAACCGGCUUACGUGCUUUAUAGUGAAAUUGUGCAAACAACCCGCUGUUUUCUUCGAACUGCCUUUGUUAUUGAACCUGAAUGGCUGUACGAAACUGCACCGAAUUACUUCAGACAGAGCAAAGGAGCGAACCGAUGACAUUUACUCCAAAAGAUGUCACAGAUAUUAGCAUGUUGGUAGAGUGAAACGUGUGAUAUUCUCUCUGUUGCACAACUUGUGGAACUGAAGUUCCUCGGCUUAUCAUCAUAGGCAUUAUUGUAAUUCUGUAGUGCCAUCUGCACUUAGCAUGUCAAAUACAACUAUCUUUACAGAUGAGAGAUAAGCCAUUUAUACUAUGUGCAUAAUACGUUUAUAUAUGUAUAAUAUUAUACUCUACGGAUAUAUUCAUUAGGACGUAUAUACCAUUUUAUAAUAUUUUUAAGACGUCCUACGAUAUAUUGACGUUAAAUAAAUGACCGUGGUUAAACAUGCAUACAAUUUCAA